UCCCACCAUUAAGGUGAAUUAUUUUUGUUGCAUAAUACCAACAACCUCGCAUUAAUGGUGGAAGGAAGGAAAAAACAUUACACGAAGGCCAAGAAAUUAAAAUCUGAACUGCAUUGCAGAGGAAGUGAGUCGGUGCUAUAAUGAUUUGCUGCAAUAAGGGAACCCCUAUGGUGGCUCGGGCACCUAUAUCACUCUUAGGUCUUCACACUUUCGACUCAUCGCUUUCUCUUUCUCUAGGAAGGGUAAAAGGGCACUUCCAUAGCCCCCAGUACUACUACUACUUCUACUUGUGCCUACACUACACACAUACCAUUUAGUAUCUAUUUUCACUUGUUAUGUUAUCUCUAGGACUCCUCUUAUAGCCAUUAAUGCGUCUUAAACACACAAUGCCAGGAACCAUCAACCAUGGAAUUAUGUAGCUGUACAGCUCUUAAUUACUUUAUAAUUAAGGCGCUAUUUGUUUGUUAUUGUCAUUCUCUUCACCAACAACAAACUCAGAGCAAAUAAAAAGAAGAUUUUUAUUAUUAUUAUUAUAAGAAUGAAAAAAAAAACAUUUGGAAUGAUGAAAAGACCAUGGAGUUGGAUCCUGCUGUGGUUGAAUUGAAUUUGUCUGAAAUCUGAACUUUGAUCUGUGGUUUCUGGUUCAGCCUUGUCACAACAAUACAACACUUAUGCUUGAUGUAGGCAUAUUCUUUUCAUGUAGCAGUUAUGAUGACAUAGAUAGAGAUAAUAGGUGGGGAUUACAUUACAUAACAGCAAAGCAUGAAGGUGUUGUUGUAGAGUGGUUGUUGUUGUAGUUGUUGUAGUUGCAGCAGAGUGCAGAGAACAGUAACAUCUUGUUUACCGCGCCGCGCCGCUUGUGUGUCGCUCGUGCGUGCAGUUUUCACUCUUCAAUCUCGAGGUGAAAGAAAGACUUGUUUUUGGUUUGGUUUGUUUUCUGGGUGACACCACUUUCCUUCUUCCGCCAGUUUCUCUCGUGUCUUGAACCUUGGUUCGGUUCACUGCAUUUGUUUUUAUGACCCUUGACUUGGUGUUGUGGCCAACAUUGCUGGAGGGUCGGUGCUCGUGUUGAAUUUUGGGGUGGUAGCUUGGGAUUCAAGAGGGGUAUAGUGUUUCAACUCCAAAAGGUUUUGGCUUCUUGAUGUGUAUCUUCCCGGUUUUUGGUUAUUCUAUAGUGGUGUUAUUGGGGUUUGAGUUUGGGGAAUAAUUUAUUGUUCUUUUUAUUUAUUGUUUUUUAAAGUAUUGGGAUCCUGGUUUCGGGAGGGUUUCCAACAUGCCAACAAGAGUUGUCAUUGGCUGUUUUUGUUGAGUUGUUGAGAGGUUCCUCGUACUUGGUCCUUGUUUGUGGUGGUGUCAUUUUAUAUAUUCUGUUGAGUUUUGCUCCAUCAGCGAGUGAAACUCGGUUGGUCCCUUGAUUUUGGGGUUGUGAUAUUUAAAAGCAGGGAAUUUGAUAGUAAGGGGAAGGGUUGGAGGUGGCAUUUUUUGCUUCUUCUUAUGUGGGACUUUUGUGUUUGAGUGCACGCUAUGCUGAUCUCUGAUGAAGGAGAUAGUGAUGUGUUCUUUGACUCAGUGGAUUGUUUCUCACCAACCCGAGAUUCUGUUUUGACAGAACAAGAGUUUGGUUAUGAGAUUUGGGUGAAUGAGCCUGUGAGUGUGAUGGAAAGAAGGGAAAAGUUUUUGCAGGAGAUGGGGUUGGGUGAUGGAUCUUCCAAGGUUUGUUCUCAAGAAAAUAAUGUGAUGAGUUCUGAUGAUUCAUCGGAGAGAUUGGGACUAGAGAGGAUCAGGGAUAGUGGGGCAGUGUCAAAUGCUUCUUGUAGUUGUAUCUUGCCUGAUGAUGAUCAAGUUUCUGAGCUGGUUCUCUCGGGCAGCGAGGCCACUUCUGAGGCACAAGGCUUGUUUGAUGAACAUAAGGGGUGCCCCAAAGAUGAAUCAUGUUUUGAAGGGAAGGUUUAUGAGGUUUCUUGUACAGAUCAAGAGGUUAGACAUAGAAAAGCCGAGGUUCGAGAAAAGUAUAUGGGGGAAAAGGAGAAGAAAAACUGGUGGAAGCACUUUAUAAGCAGCAAGAAAGGAGGUGGGGGUAAAGUCAGAUCAAAAUUGAAUUCAUCGACAAAUAAAACUCGAAGAAUAAAUGUUAGGCAGAAUAAGAAGAGGUGGAUGGAGCUCAGUGCACUGUAUAUUGGACAAGAGAUUAGAGCUCACAAAGGCCUAAUUUGGACUAUGAAGUUUAGUCCCAAUGGCCAAUAUCUAGCUAGUGGAGGUGAAGAUGGUGUUAUACGCAUAUGGCGUGUAAAAACACUCAAUACAUCUAGUAUUUGCUUCAAUGCAGAAGACAGUGCAGCUAACAAAGUGAAACAUGACUUCUCUAGUUCUCAGAAGAAACACUCAAGCCAGUCCUUCGUCGUUCUUCCCAGUAAGAUUUUCAAAAUUGAGGAAUCACCGUUGCAUGAAUUUUCUGGUCAUGCCAGUGAUGUCUUGGAUUUGGCUUGGUCCAAUUCAGAUACUCUCCUUUCAUCUUCUUCGGAUAAAACUGUUCGCUUGUGGAAAAUUGGUUGUAGUCAAUGUCUAAGUGUUUUCCAUCACAAAGACUAUGUGACUUGUAUUCAAUUCAACCCUGUUGAUGAAAAUUACUUCAUCAGUGGUUCCAUAGACGGCAAAGUCCGAAUAUGGGGGAUACAUGAAGAACGAGUUGUUGACUGGGCAGACAUAAGAGAUGUGAUUAGUGCUAUAAGUUACCGGCCAGAUGGAAAAGGGUUUGUAGUCGGUUCCCUCCCAGGCACUUGCCGCUUUUAUGUUGCCUCAGGCAAACAUUUCCAGCUUGAGACUAAGAUUCAUGUCAAUGGAAAGAAGAGUACAUCUGGCAACAAGAUUACAGGCAUUCAGUUUUCUCAGAAAAACCAUCAGAGAGUUAUGAUUACAUCUGAAGAUUCCCGAGUUAGAAUAUUGGAAGGCACUGAAUUUGUUCAGACAUAUAAAGGCCUUCCAAGAUCCGGAAGUCAGAUGUCUGGUUCAUUUACCUCUGGUGGAGAACAUAUAGUUUCAGUUGGAGGGGACUCGCGUGUGUAUAUUUGGAACUUCAAUGACUUGGGAAACGCUUCUUCCAAACAGACAAAAUCCAAAUAUUCCUGUGAGCACUUCGGCUCUGAAGGGGUUACUGUUGCAUUACCUUGGUCUUGCAUGAGUGCAGAAGAACAAAGUGGCUCUUCCAAUGAUUUUGCCCACCAUUCAUCGUCACAACACCAACUAGAGGCAUCUCAUGGCGUUAGGGAGUCGGAACGAUUUUCUUUCGGAAGUUGGUUCUCCAUUGAUGGCUCAUGCCGCGGUUCGGUCACAUGGCCUGAGGAGACGCUUCCCCGUUGGGAUCUACCUCUUGUAGAAGUUGAAUUUGAUCACCAGAAGCUAUGUACCAAAGAUCCUUCCCAUGAAAAACAUGUAUCAGAAACAUGGGGACUAUCCAUUGUGGCAGCUGGUUGUGAUGGAACCAUCAAGACAUUCCACAACUUUGGACUUCCCAUUAGGCUUUAGGACAUUGUCUUGGAUUUAUGAGGUGCAGAAUAACCUGGUACUUUUGCAUUCAAGGCUCUUUGGUUUUGUCUUCAUAUGAGUGACUUUGCAAGAAACAUAGGAUCUUUCUUUGUCUGGUAAAAGAUGGACAUUCAUAGAAGAAUUUCAAGGCCUUGGAUUACUAGAAUAACCUGCAGAAAAAGAUCGAAGCAUGGAGUUAGAUGCUCACCUAGAAGUAUGCAUCAUUACUAAAUUCAUGAUAUAGAUGUCAAACAUUCUUGACAUGUUCCACGAGUUUGUACAUUUACACUUUAGUAUGUCACCGAUUAAAGAGUGGUCUGCUUGUAGAGUCAGGCCACCGGAAUCAUGAGCCUUUUUUAUAUUGUAACAUUUAUUUUUGUGAAUAUUAGUUAACUUAUACGAUAGGUAUAGAUUAAAAAAAGAAGAUAACCCAAUUGAUUUUUGUUCCAA